GUGAGUGUUAUAUAAAACUACAAACUAAUCAAAUUCUCUAGUGAAAGAAGAGUAACACUCAUCGUCCUUCCCAAACUGAAAUCCCAAAUUCCUGCUACACCACUCUCACCAUGAAUCCAAUCCUUCUCCUUCUCCUUCUCCUCUUCUCCCUUCAGGCCACCCUCUCCCACGCCACCACAGCCUACCCUUCCAUUCCGGGCACCACCCCCGUCGACGUCUCCUCCGGCGCCACCGCCACCAACCUGAUCCCCCCUCGCCGCGAAGUCCACGGAAACGGCCGAAUCUUCGACAUCACCCACCGCUACAGCCCCGACAUGCCGGCGUUUGGCUCCGCCGACGGCGUCGGCCAGUUCCUCUGGCUCCCCAACAGCAUGAAGAACGGCUCCAUUGCUAACAACUCCGAGAUGAAGCUCCCCACCCACACCGGGACCCACGUCGACGCCCCCGGUCACGUCUUCGAUCACUACUUCGACGCCGGCUUCGACGUUGAUACGCUCGACUUGGAUGUCCUUAAUGGUGCGGCAUUGUUAGUUGACGUUCCGAGGGAUAAGAACAUUACUGCUGAAGUCAUGGAGGGCUUACAUAUUCCCAAGGGCGUGCGUCGAGUACUUUUCAGAACUUUGAACACGGAUAGACGGCUUAUGUUCCAAAAGGAGUUUGACAGCAGCUAUGUGGGAUUUAUGAAGGAUGGAGCUAAGUGGUUGGUGGAGAACACUGACAUCAAACUGAUUGGAAUUGAUUACUUAUCUGCUGCUGCAUAUGAUGAUUUGAUUCCAUCUCACCUUGUUUUGCUAGAAGGCAGGGAGAUCAUUCUUGUAGAAGGUCUAAAACUUGAUGACAUCCAACCAGGAAUAUAUUCUGUCCAUUGCUUACCUUUGAGGCUAACAGGUGCAGAAGGAUCACCAAUCAGAUGCAUUCUUAUCAAAUGAUGCCUGUAAGUUCUGCAGCAGUGUCUAAUUUGAAAUCUGGAACCAUUGCUACAACGACAUUAGUCUUUGCCACAAUCAUUCUUGUGUUUGACGUGAGAAUCAGCACGUGAAUACUUUUGUACAUUAUCAACUACCUUCGGACUUUUUUGAACUCCUUAUAUUUGUAUAUGUUUGAGCCCAAAAGUAAUUUUGGCAAGAUCCUUUAGUGGAUUUAGCACAGCGGGCCGAUACCUGCGGCCCAAAAAUAA